AUGAUAUUACUGUUAUUAUUAUUAUUAUCAUUGACAUCAUUAUCAUUAUUGUUUCUGGUAAAUACAAGGAAGCUACGUAUGAACAACGAACUGGAUCGGUUUCAUGAUUUAAAGAAGAUUGGGGAAGGUACAUAUGGUGUGGUUUAUAGAGCAUUUGAAAGGAAAGCUGGGAUAGAAGUUGCACUCAAAAAAAUUCGUCUUGAUUCUGAUAGUGAAGGCGUUCCUAGCACCUGUAUAAGAGAAAUUUCUAUACUGAAGGAGUUAGAUCACCCAAAUAUUGUCAAGCUGCGUGAUGUAAUUCAUGCAGGUUCACGUCUGUUUCUCGUAUUUGAAUAUAUAGAUCAGGAUUUGAAAAUUUUGAUGGAAAAGAUAAAACCGAAGCCAAUUCCACUACCGUAUGUUAAGUCGUUUCUUUGGCAGUUACUUCAAGCACUUUCAUACUGUCAUACCCAUCGAGUCGUGCAUCGUGAUCUGAAACCUCAAAACUUACUCGUUAGUAACGAAGGGAUGAUUAAACUAGCAGAUUUUGGUUUAGCAAGGGCUUUUUCAAUGCCAACUAGAGUGUAUACCCAUGAAGUGGUAACUUUAUGGUAUCGUGCUCCGGAAGUUCUUUUAGGCUCAAAGUUUUACUCCUGCGCUGUUGAUGUCUGGAGUUUAGCUUGCAUUUUUGCUGAACUUGUUUCUGCAAGAGUUCUUUUUAAUGGCGACUCCGAAAUAGACCAGUUGUUUAAAAUAUUUCAAGUCUUAGGCACACCAACUCCCGAGGUCUGGCCGGGAGUCGAGAAAUUACCUGACUAUAAUUCGUUAUUUCCAGUUUGGAAGGAUUUUAAACUGGACCGCUGUGUACCUGGGAUUGGGGAAGAUGGGCUUGAUUUGCUUGUUCAAAUGUUGCAAUAUCCGCCACAUAAGCGUGUGAGUACAAAAAUGGCCUUAUGUCAUCGCUAUUUGCGAGAUGUUCAACUUGAUUUGGAACCACUAACAAGCUUGUUACGGGAUUAUUGA